UACUUCGUGGGCGGGCUGCUGCAGUUCCAGCUGCACCGCGCGCUUUGCACCGCCGCGGGCCAGUGGGACCCCCUGAGGCCCGACGCGCGCCCGCUGCACCAGUGCGACAUCUACCGCAGCGCCGCCGCCGGCGACAUCCUCAAGCGCCUGAUGGCGGCGGGGUCGUCGGCGCCGUGGUCGGAGGCGCUGUACGCGGCCACGGGCCAGCCGCGCCUCAACGGCUCGGCGCUGCGCGACUUCUUCCGCCCGCUGGAGGAGUGGCUGCGGCAGGAGAACCUGCGCACCGGGGAGUUCGUCGGAUGGGUCUACGAUGGUGACUACUGCCGCACGAGUCUGGAGACAGCUGGGCUCCAAGUGCGAGGAGGCUACUACAACCGAGGCCCUCGAGGGGCUCUCCUUGCUCCGACACUUCUCCUCGCCCCGCUGCUGCUGGCACUUCUGCUGCUGCGACCGCCGGCCUAGGAAAAACCCCUUCUCGCAUGCAACCCUGCCUCGGCAACUACAAGUCACUUCUCCGAAGAUCCAAAACGUUUCUUGCGCACCCGUCUUGAGACAGAGCAGGUGGGAAUGGUAGCUGUUGGAACUUGUUGAAGUGGGUGUGUUGUAGGAGGUGGAAGUGUAGAGACUUGUGACUGUCCAGUGUAUGUGAAUGUUUUUAAUUAUUUUGUAUUAUAUUUGUACAUCAUGUAGUGAAAUGCAAACUAGCGAUGAUGUGAGGUUUGGGACGACGUAACGAAAGUAUAGUGCUUGUUUACUUGGAGAAAAAUAACACGACACACUAAUAUGUAAAGUGAAAAGAAUUAAUGUUAUUUUGUGCCAUUUUGUACAUAUAAUAUUCGCAUUUGUAUUUGUAAUUGAAAAAAUGCUUGCAUUAUAUGUAUUAGAUAGUUGUGUGAGCUACGUUCUAAAUCAGUUCCUUAUUGAAGAGAAGAUAAACGUAGCACGUAGUACACACACUAAAAAUACAAAACUACUAAUUGACUAACGGAUUGUAUAAUGUAGCAUAGACGCGGGUUCGCUUUAAGGUUAUGUCGUCCCAACACCUUCAUAUUUUGGUCAGUGCUCGCGCACUGAGCACCGAAUCGAAUUGCACGUACCUUUGCUUCAGAAACUGAAGUGCCCCAAUUGGGUGCGUUGGUGAAACAGAGAAGUAAUUUUUACUAAUGUGUGAAUAAUCAUAAUGUAUGUAUAUAAAAUUAGCGUUUAAUAUAUAAAAAUAUAAUAUAUAAUAUUUAACAAUCAUGUAUCAUUCACACACAAUAAGUUGGACGAUAAAUAGAACAAUUGGGAUAAAAUAUUUUGAUAAACACUUGUAAUGCCGCAAUUCCUCAGCAAAAAGAAAGGAAAAUGUAUCUUUGAAGAAUUUUAGAAUGGGGGACUAAGCUAUUUGUGCCAACAAUAUAAAUUAUCAAAUUUUAUUCUCAAAAUGCCAACGCAGAUGAAGAGUUACAAAACCUAUGUAUCUUGUCACUUCCUUUUGCUAUAAUCAGCAUAAAAAGUUGUUGCCAUUGCUUACUACAGAAUUGUAGUAAAAGAUAGCUUUUGUCAUUUUUCCUGAAGUUAUGUUUUUUGUCACUAAGAUGUCAUAGCCCCGACAUCCACUAUUUAUAAUUAAAUACCCAACAAUGUUCUUUAAUUAUUCGAAAACUGAUGAUAAAAUGUGAUAUCGAUAAUAUUUCACAUUUUGAUAACGAGUUACGAAUUAUUUUACAUUAAAAAAGAAACUAAUUACAUGAGUUGAAAUAAAAAAGCACAAAAG